UUCCUCUUUUUGCGGAAGCAACUUUUUCUACCUCCUUCUCGUCUACAGAAGUGUCUGUUCUCUCUCCGUCACUCUGUCGGUAACUUUCGCGUCGACUGGCCAGAGUCCGCGAGCUGUUCUCUCCACUCAUCUCUCCUUCCGUAUCAUCCCUCCAUCUCAGGGAACUACAGAGGCCUCUCAUUGGCUCAUCUCACUUUCUGGUUCUGCAUUGUCCCGAUUUGGUUAUGUCUUACCACAGCUUCUUGCUCGAGCCAAUCAGCUGCCACUCCUGGAACAAGGACCGGACCCAGAUUGCUCUGUGUCCCAACAACCAUGAUGUCCACAUCUAUAAGAAGGACGGGACCAAGUGGACCAAGAUUCAUGAACUGAAGGAGCACAACGGACAGGUCACAGGUAUAGACUGGGCUCCAGAGAGUAACCGUAUCGUGACCUGUGGGACGGACCGUAACGCGUAUGUCUGGUCUCUGAAGGGGGAGGUGUGGAAGCCCACCCUGGUCAUCCUCCGUAUCAACCGGGCUGCUCGCUGUGUCAGCUGGUCUCCCAAGGAGAACAAGUUCGCUGUGGGCAGCGGGUCACGCCUCAUAUCCAUCUGCUACUUUGAACAGGAGAAUGACUGGUGGGUCUGUAAGCACAUCAAGAAGCCGAUCCGUUCCACCGUCCUCAGUCUGGACUGGCAUCCUAACAACGUGCUGCUGGCGGCUGGAUCCUGUGACUUCAAAUGCAGGGUGUUCUCAGCCUACAUCAAGGAGGUGGAGGAGAAGCCCGGACCCACAGUGUGGGGGUCCAAGAUGCCCUUUGGAGAGGUGCUGUUUGAGUCUGGGCCCUCAGGGGUGUCUGGGGGGGCUGGAGAUGGGGCAGGAGGGGGAUGGGUCCACGGGGUCUGUUUCUCCCACAGCGGGAACCGCCUGGCCUGGACGUCACAUGACUCGACUGUGGCGAUCGCAGAGGGAGGCAAGACCAGCACGAUCAGCAGUCUGAGCUCUGAGACCCUUCCUCUGCUGUGUGUCAGCUUUAUCACUGAGAACAGCCUGGUGGCCGCUGGUCAUGACUGCUACCCGGUGCUGUUUGUGUAUGACGGUACUAAGGGCUCAGUAACGUUCGGAGGGAAGCUGGACGUUCCCAAGCAGACGUCUCAGAGAGGGAUCAGCGCCAGGGAACGCUUCCAGAACCUGGACCGCCGAGCCACCUCGUCCGAGACCACCGAGCAGGGCCUGGAGAGUCUGCACAAGAACAGCAUCAGUCAGAUCUCUGUGCUGGAAGGAGGGAAGAGUAAAUGUUCCACGUUCUGUACCACUGGGAUGGACGGAGGAAUGGUCACAUGGGACGUCAAGAGUCUGGAGUCUGCCCUGAAGGAUCUCAAGAUAGUCUGAUACCAUGACCCUCAGCCGACCAGCCGACCAGCCGGGAUAUGAAGAAAUCUCACCUCUUUGCCUUUCUGCUUCUCUGCGUCUGUCUGUCUCAGCUGCUGCUGGAGACAUCUCCUUUCUGUCUGUCUCUGUUGAGCAUCUGCUAGAAGCACGGCAGCCAUGACAACGACGUCUGCAUUCCACAUGGCACCCUGUUAUUUUUUAUAUAGGUAGACCAGGACCCAUAGAACACCAUUUGAGACACAUCUUGGUUGUUUUUGUUCUAUCUUCUUUGUUUUAGAAUCCAGGAAAUGCGUUGUUCUGUUCCGUCAGGUGUUCUGUUCUGAUAGUUGUACCUGGACAUACAGCUGUGCUCUUAAAAUAUACGGCACGAUUCACUUUGGCUUCUGGAAUUAGUUUACUUGGGUUUUAGUUUUGAUGUUCACACAUGAAUUUGUUGGAUUUACAGCACAGGACCAAGAAAAAAAUAAUAUCUAAACUUGAGAUUUUUCACUUCAAAUAAAUAAAUAAAUAAAAAAUAGAAUGGACUAACCCUUACAAAAAAGGAUUGCAGUGUUUGAUACUACAGUAAAUGCAGUCGACUGUGGUAUUUUGGACGUAGUCAUUUCAGAAUAACUGCAGUUAGACUGCUCUCUGACCGCAGUCUUUAUUUUCGUAACGGGAAAUGAUUCUGAAUUGUAGUUAAUUUGGUUUGGAGGCAGGUGAUUAGUUUACUGUGUGAUGUAUUAUAUCUGUGGUAAGUUGCAGGUGCCUACAGGGUUAAAAAAAACAAAAAAAGCCAUUCAACCAGUUGUGAAAAGUUGGAAACAGGACAUUCUGCUCCGAUGAACUCCGUUAUCAAGUGUCGAUGUAUUAGAGCGCAACUGUUCGCUAAAGGACUUAUUAUAGUAGGACGCGUCAGAGUGGAAGGCUACAGCAGGUAUAUAAUCACGAAGAAAGCCAAGCAGCGGUACCUGUUAAAUGCUUAUGCUGGUCAUAAUAUGCAUUUUAAUAAAUGAUUUCCUAUCA